CAAAAUUAAAUCAUUGGAUACGAGAAUUAUUGUACAUGAAUUACAUUGAAGUGAAAAAGGCUAUCAUCAUUUAUGUAAACUUGGGUACUUUAAAGUACUAUUAGGUAGUGUGUGACAUAAAUGCGCUCGGCGAUUAGUGUUAUCUUGUCGAGUCCGGUGCCCGACAAUAAAAUGUCUCAUCCUGAUUACGAGCAAACUGCUCAUGACCACGCAGCAUUACUUUUACUAUUAAAACCUAUCGGUACACAGAUCAAACAGAAAACUGUUACUAGGUUAUGUGAAAGGAUAAUUAAAGCUGGUAGUAGAUUUUCCGUGGUUGAUUCAGCCGGUGGAACACGAGAAAUCCUUGCCAGAUUUGUUAGAGAACAUCCAGUUGAAAACAAUGAUUGGGGAGACUUUCAAACACACAGAAGGUUACUGGGAUUGAUUACUUUUGGAAAAUAUGACAAUCAAGCAGAACUGAAUGAAUUAUGUAGACUUCACGAAACCUUAAAAGUAAAGUACACUGCAACCCUCUAUGAUUCACGUGCUAUUCUCUUUGGACCAUCUGAAUCAAACAAUCGGCAUGAACCACCGGCAUCAUUUAGUACCCCAUCAAAUUUUAAAGCAUGUGCUGCAUUUUAUACCGAUGAGACUUGUUCUGAUCUUGAAGUACACAUCAUGGAGUGUUUGAACUCUUUAUUUUGGAUCUUAGAAUCCAAAAGAUUAGAAAGAUCUAGAGAGAAGAUAGAUCGAGUUUCCCUCUUGCUAGCACCUUUUGAAAAGAAAGAUUUCAUAGGAUUGGAUCUUGAAUCUAGAAACAAUAGGAAAAGAUGUGUUGGUCGUAUGACAAAACAUUUAGGUGACUUGUGCCUUCAAGCUGGACUUCCAGCAGAUGCUUUAAGUAAUUAUAAUUCUGCAGCAAGUGUGUUGCAAGCUGUCAAUGAUUGGCUGUGGCUAGGGGCAGCAUUUGAAGGCUUAUGUGCUGCAUCUGCCCUAGUAUUAUAUCCAAACAUGUGUAGAAGUCUCCCAUUACAAAGAAAUUCUUCCCUUCAGGAAGGAAGUCCAGGUAAGCAAAGACGGGGUUCACAAGCUGUUGCUACUUUACCAUCAUCACCCGCUAUAGAGAUGGUAAAGAGCAAUAUGCCACAUAUCUUGUUACCUGAGGAAAUAUCAAAAAAAUAUCGCGAAGCCAUAGUUCAUUAUAGCAAGUACCAAUAUGCUGGAAUAAUUGAAACAGAGGCUAGCUUUAAAGCAACAAGGAUUUCAAUAGAGCAAAACUGUACUUUACAAGCUGCUUCAUAUUUAAAUAAUGUUGUAUUUAUCAAUUUGCCAUUAAGUGAACAGGAAAAAAUUGACCGAUUUACUACAUUGUCAGAUUUAUAUACAAGCUUUGGUUUUGCACGAAAAGCAUCUUUUUGCUUAAGAUUGGCUGCAACAAGACAUGUGUCCCAAAAUAAUCCCAAUCCAGACUGGCAACAAUGUUAUAAUUUAAUGUUACAAGCUACAUCUGGAUUUAAAUUAUCCUUAGAUCCUGUUGACAUGUCUCCUGACACUCAUAAGGGUUGGCCAGUUAUACAAAUUCAAGUAAUAAAUGAACUUGUUGCUGCUGCUAACCGUAUGGGUAAUCCAGCACUGGCAACAAGACAUAUGACAUUUUUACUUCAAACGAUGUACAAUUACUUAACCCCGAAUGAACGUAAAGAGACUGCUUUGCAGCUUCAAAAUGUUUCUCAACAGUGCGAAGGUGCUCCUGUACCUCUCGUUUUAGAUACUGGAACAGUUAUACCACCUGCGAACUUAACAAAUAUUCCGAAAACAAAAUCGUUUACUUUGAAAAAUAUGCAACCGCAUCUUCAACCUCAGAAGGUUGAAAGGGUCAAGGAAGAUCAUGGACCGUUUUUGUUCACCCCAAUUAAUUUCGGCUCAUUAGAGAGGAAAAAUCUGUCUAAAAGCAAAGUUGAUUACUUGUGGGUAGAGGGUGACAUUUGUGAGGUAUCAAUGCAGCUUAUUAAUCCCCUUCCCUUCGUACCGAUUGCAGUGACAUUAGCGGGCAGGCCUAAAGAAGUCGGUGAUUUAGAAAUACUCGGUUUCAGUACGCAUACAUUGGGGGUGAAAUCUAACUGCAGACUUCGAUAUAUGGAGGGGAUGGUUCAUCCUCAGUAUACCGUUGAGGUAGUUCCAGCUUUACCAAGGAUAGAGGUGGCUACAAGUUUACCACAAACCGCAAGUUUCAGUUCGGGAGACAAUAUAGUGACUAGCGCGAGUAUAUCACUAUAUGGUGGCGAAAGUGCUGAGUGUACUGUAACUAUUACAAAUAAUGGACAAGUUCCUAUCGAAACUAUAGAGUUAUCGGUACAAUCAACACUAGAUACAUCAACAGAAAACAAAAUUUUCAAAUGGGACGACGAAAACUUAAUGAAAGAAUUACCCUUACAACCCGGUGUCAGUGCAAGUCUCACUUUGAACUUGUGCGCGGCUACAAAUUUUAUAGCACCCUCAUCCCGAAAUGAUAUUACCAGCAGUACGUAUCUCAGUCAACCAAGCAGUUUAAUGUCUCAUUCCGGACAUAGUUCGCUACCGUCUAGAUUAAGUUCUCCAUCGCACACAAAAAGACAAUCCGAGUUAACAUCCUCGUUCAGAUCAGGCUUAAGUUCUCAUUCUGGGCAUUCUUCGUUAGCGAGUUCGCGUUUAUCGAAACUUGCUGUGCCAUUACAUGCUUCUAAUGUUGUCGAGGGUCAAUUAAAAAUAAAAUACUCCGGUGGUGCCGGUUUGGCGGCAGGUUAUUGUCGUACGUCGUCCGUUUUUGUAACUAUCGAAAUGUUACCUAGCGUGCAAAUUACGAAUUGGGAUGUGCUACCGGCUGAAACGCCGUCACAAUUUUACCUUGUAUUAGACUUAACGAAUAUGACCAAUCAUGAGAUGGAGUUGCAUUAUACGCAGACUAAAUGUAUAUAUAUGGAGGGUAAAGAGUCAUGUAGAAUUCCUGUUCCAGUUGAUCGUUGCCCACUAAAUAAAUUGUCUAUGUUAAACGGGGCCGGUGACAUUGGAGAACUACAGAAAGUGUGUUCCGAACAUAUUGCUUCAUUGGUUGACUUACGCUGGCAAUUAUUGGGUACAGAAUCGGUCGGAAAAGCAUCCCUAUCUGGGAUUACUCUCACGCAAGAUAUGUUAGAUCUCGUUAGGAUGAGUCCUUUGCAAUGGGAGAUAAAGAUAAAUGAUACGAUCGUAAAGGCACAAGAUGAACUUACAUGUAAUUUAGGUGAAUGUGUUAACGUCGGCAUAGGAAUAUGUAAUGCUUUGAAACAUCCUUUGAGUGAUCUUAUAUUAUCUAUAAACUUUUACCAAGAUCACCAUAACGGGGUGAAUAAUUAUCAACUCGAAACGAAACUAUCCAUCGCUGGUGCGAACAAAGUUAUGCUUCCAGCAUUGCAGGAGUAUGGAAGAAUUUAUCACGAGUGUCGUGUAGUGUUCUUUACAGCUGGACAAUACAAAAUAGACAUUCAGUGUAGUAGUAAAGAAUCAGCUCAAAAUACACCAGUACUUUGUUCGGAAUUAAUAAAUGCCGGACAUACGUGGCGUUAUAUACCGUCAAUAGAAAUAACUGUAGACGAUUAGUAACAGGUAAACAGUAACCAAAUUCGCGAAUUUGUAAUAUUUGUAAAAAAGCAAAAAAUAAAUGUAUC